AUGUCCCUACUUUACCAACAGGUUGGAAGCCUGUUGGUUACUUUCAACCUGGUUUGGCCUGUCUGCCAAGACGGUUUUACCAGGAAUCACAGAACUGAAGAGUUGGAAAAGACUUUAGGGGCCAUUCAGUCUAACCCAUACACAGAAGGAAUCCUCACUGUAACAUCCCUGACAGUGUUUACCCCCUUGGCCCCUCUGAAGGACUCUGGUUUGUUUGGGGUUCUCCCACCCCCUCCAGCCCACAACAGAGCCAGAAUCCCGGCCAGCUCCAAUUCCAUUCCGCACGCAUUUAUUAAACGCCCACUUGGGCUCGGCGCGCGGCGCGGUGCUCCAUCUCCCGGGCCAGGUCGCUGCCCUCGGGGAGUUUACUAUCUAGUAGCUCCACCUCGGCCAGCCCACCCCAGUGGUCCCCGAGAACCUAGGCUCCGAUUUCUUCCCCUUCUCCACCCCCCACCCCCCAGUGAAAGCCGGAAACUUUCAUUUAGGAAUUCCCCGCCCCCAGAUCGGGAGUGCGGGCUGCGAGAGGGGAGCAGAGCAGAGCAGGAUAGGGGGCCCCCGAAGCGGCCCGUCUGGGGCUGCCUCUCCUCCGGAAGGCUUUCAUUUGCACAUUCGCCUUCAGCUGCGCUCCGAGCCGGGACCCCAGACUGUGCCUCGCGUCCCCCCGCGACCCCCUCCCUUCGGCCGGGUGGGGCUCUGGGAGGGAGCCAGUCUCCUCCUUCCCCCGCCCCCGAGUGGGGCCCAGCCCCGGCCCCGGCCCCAGCCGCUGCUGCCGCCGCCGCUCCGCUGGUCUCGGCUCUCCGGGCCCCCAGCCCCCCGGCCGCGCUGUCCCUCCUGCGGCCCCGGCUGCCGGGCUACCUGCUCCGCGCGGACUGCCCGACACGUGCGGAGGGACUGACUCCCUGGACGGCCGGGGGGGAGUCGGCCGGGCCCCUCCAGGUGAAAUGGUUUGGGAUUAAGGAGCGCUCCCCGGGGACCCCGCGAUCGUCUGGACAGCAGCAGCAGCAGCAGCGCCAGGGCUGCGGGUGGGAAGCAGCUCCGGUGCCCCGAGCAGGAGCGAGAGGCGUGGGGGCUGGGGGCGCACGCGCGGGGGUGAGGGUGAGGAGUGUGUGCAGCAGCAACCCAGAGAGUGCGAGAGGGAGAGCGGAGGAGGAGGAGCAGCAGCGGGAGGAGGAGGUGGCGGCCGCCGCGUCCGUCCGGCAGCUGCGGUAGCGGCGGCGGCGGCAGAGGCAGCAG